AUGGCGACGAGAGCGUCUACUUUAGCCGCCGGCUCCCCGGGUGCAAUCGGCAGCUACACCGGUUGCGCCAUCACAGUCUACCUCGGCGCAACCAACGGCACGGACUAUGUGGCGUCUCGGGAAGGCUUCUGGCUGUCGGUUCGCAGUCAAAGCGGAGGCCACUAUACUUAUACAGCUUCGACCAUUGAGGGAGGUCUCGUGAUUGACCUGGUCCGGCUCAACGGAAUCACACUGAGCGAAGACAAGGGCUCGGCGAUUGUGGAGCCUGGAAACACUUGGGCUUACACAUAUGAGAAUCUCCAGAAGUCUGGCGUGACCAUCCCUGACGGUCGGAUGUUUGGAAUCGAGUUUGAGGUUGUCAUGGCCAGCGGCGAGAUUGUGAAUGCAUCAACAACACCAAACCCCGACCUCUACUGGGCCCUUCGGGGAGGUGGCAGUAACUUCGGUGUUGUCACCAAGUUUAAGUUCAACACAUUCCCGCAGGACAAGAUGUGGUACGCGAAGCUCCAUCACGACGCCGCUGAGAACAUCACGGCCAACGCGGCUUUCGCUGACUGGAGUACGAUUCAAUCCCCCAAAUAUCUUAGCAACGCGGCGGUUUUGUUCUGGAACGCCCAAGCGAGUGGAGCCCCCGUUGGCGUCGCGAUUUCAGUGCACCAGAAGACAUUUGACAAUAACACCCAUCCUCCCGUCGUCGACAAGUUCUACGACUCUAAGCCAUCAGCCAUUGAAGCAAUAAACGUCUUCCAUUCGCAGCUUCUUGGCUUUGUGAACCUACGGGCAAGGUGGGAGAACGCAAAAGACGACGAUGCCAUCUACAGAGCUCAGCUGCGCACAGAAGAGAGAAUCAGCAAGGUGGCAGAUGAGAUGGGCCUUGCUUCGGGCUACAAGUAUAUGAAUUACGCCAGCCAAUUCCAGGAUCUGUUUGAUGGUUAUGGACAGGCCAACAAGGAACGGCUGAGGUCAAUUGCUGAGAAGUAUGAUCCAAGCGGCGUUUUCCAAGAACUCUCCCCUGGCGGCUUCAAGGUUACGAAAGGUGCCCCUCAGAUCCUCUGA